UUUAUUAAUAGAAAUAUACAACAAUUCGGAAGCAUAAUAUGUGAAAUAUUGAAAAAGCAACCGUUAGAGGAUAUUCUGACUCAAAUUCAUGAAAUCAUUGCGGCAAUAUUAAUGGUUUCAGAAGAUAAGGAUCCAACAGUUAGGGCCAGUUUUGUUGAACAAAUUCCACAUAUAUUUCUACAAUGUCACGAGCACGCUUGUCCAGAUCUCGAACAUUAUUUGUACGACCGCCUGUUGCAAAUUGUACUAGAUUAUUUACAGGAUGCGGAGGACAAAGUAAGCAGGGAUGCUUAUUCAGCUCUUCAAAUUCUUAUAGAUAAAUAUGUUUUAGAUAAAAAACGUAUUGAGGAAAAAGUUUGUGCAGCAAUUAUGUGUCCAAUUCACAAAAUACAUUAUGAAAAUUUAAAAGAUUUUAAUAUUAAUUCGGUUACGUUAAUGGGUAGAAUAGCACCAAUAAUUGGAUCAGAAAAAUCUGAAGAACUUUUCUUAAAUCAUUUUAUUGAAUUAUGUAAAUGUAAAAUAAAUAGUAUUCGUAAAAAGUGUGCUGCCAUAUUUCCAACAUUUUGUUAUGUUUUAGGAACAAAAAUAACAGAAGAUAAAUUGCUGGAAUUAUUUUUUCAACUGUGUACAGAUCCUUUUUGGGGUGUUAGAAAAUCAUGUGCCGAAUCAGUACCUUUAAUUUCAUUAAUAUGUAGUCCAGAAUGUAGAAGAAAUAGGAUAGCGCCGAUUGUAUUAAGAUUAGCCAAAGACAAUAAUACAUGGGUAACAUCGGCAACAUUGAAAAUAUUAGGACAAUUUAUAUCCUCAUUUGCUCAACCAUGUAUAACAGGAUUGGCAUAUUCAUAUAAUGGAGAAUUAUUAAUUACAAAUCCAGUUGAUCCAGAUUUUCGAGAUAUUUCUGAUCCACAAACAUUAGCUAAUUAUGAGCAUUAUUUAAAAAUGUUUUCAAAUAUUGAAGUAUUAGAUACUACAAAUACAGCAACCGGAAUUAGUAAAAAUUCAAAUAGUGCGAAAAAUGGCACAUCAAAUCAAGUAACUAACAUUUGUGAUGAAAAUUUAACACCUAAAAAUAUUGCCCAAAUAAUAAUUGAAAAUAAAAUUAAGCUAACUGAACAAAUAACGGAAUAUGCAUGGCCUAAACAAAAAUUUUUUAAGAAUUAUGUAUUUAAUGAAUGUUCAAAAUACAUAGAUUUAGAUACUGGGAACAAUAAUGUGACUGACAAUACGGAUAAAAAUAAUAUUGAUCGAGGAAAUAAUGAAGAAAAUAAUGAAAAUUUAUGCUUAUCAAAAAUAUUAGAUAAUAAAUCAAAUAUUGAAAGUUCAAAUGAAACUGGUGGCUUCGGUGGUAGUGGUAAUGAAAAUAACGACCGUCAAAUGUCAUCAUCAUUACCAUCAGAAACACUAACAAUAAAAGACAAUACAGUAGGAAAGGAACAAAAUACAUCUUCUAAUCAGCAAAUGGAGCAACAAUCAGAACAACAACAGGAGCAGCAAACAUUUUUGCCGGAUAAUUCAAAUAAAAAUUCAGAGGACAAUAAUGUUUAUGAUAACAUUAUUGAUAAUAUUAUUUUUGUUUCAGAAAAUUCCUCUUUAGAAAAUAAUUUACAUCGUCGUCGCUGUCGUCGUAAUGCUUAUAGUUUUUGGCGUAAGAAUACCCCAUCCGAUUUGCAAUCAAUAAUUAAGAAAGCUAUGCAUGAUGCCCAAGAUAACAUUAAACCACCCUUACCACCACCUCCGCCACAUCCUUUGAAAUUACCUGCGAAAUCUCCAUCAAUUACAACGAUAGGACCUUCUAGUACAACAAAUACAAAACAAGAUCAAUUAGAGGAUCAAGCAACAACAAUAGGGCCUUCUAGUACAACAAAUACAAAACCAGAUCAAUUAGAGGACCAAGCAAAAGAUAUGUUAACACCAAAAAUAGUAUCAGAUCAAUCGUUAAUUGAAAAUUCAAAACAAGGAUUUGAGAGUAGUGAAAAACAGGAAAAUCAAGACCAACAAUCAUAUUUAUCGUUUGAAGUUCUAUUAUCAAGAAUGAAGUCUUUUAUUACUUAUACUGAGGAAAAAAAUAAAAAUUCAAAUGUUUACAAUUCAAAUGAUGAUUCUGUUAUGUUCGCAUGUGAUGAUGGCUUUUCGCCAUUUUUCGUCACUUCUGAUUCCGGUUUUAAGAACAGAACUACAACUUUGGCUAACUUAAACGAUAAAAAAGACAAAAAUGGUAACGAAGAAGACGAAGCAUUCAAUGAAUUUAAUUCUUACAAAUUUUGGCACAUAAGCCCAGAAAUGCCUUUAGAUUCAAACAUUGUAGGUAAUGUUGGAACGUGGAAUACAAAAAUAUUAAAUGAAACAUUACCAAUAACUAAUUCAUCUAUACUAGAUGAUGAUGAUAUAGUUAGGAAAACACCUAAGUUUUCACCGCCAAUAACAUUUGAACAAAAUGUUGUUCCGCCCGGUAUACUUGAAGCUUAUGUUACUAUGGUUUUAUAUGAAGAAGAAGAUGAAAUUAAAUUAACUUGCGCAUAUAAUUUUCCAGCUGUUGUAUUAACUUUAGGCAGAAGCAAUUGGCAUAUUCUCAAGACUCUUUUGCAAUAUUUAUGUGAUGACAUUGACUGGAAAGUACGUAAAACAAUAGCAUUAUCUAUAAACUUCUUAGCGCUAAUAUUAGGUAAAGAAAUUGCAACACGUGACUUGGUACCUAUAUAUUUAGGAUUCUUUAAGGAUUUGGAUGAAGUUAAGAUUGAAGCUAUACGAAAUUUCGCAAGCUUUUUAAAGGUAAUUGAUAAAUCAAAACGUGAAGAGAUAUUAUCCAAUAUUGGAAUUUGUUUGCGAUGCGAUAGUAGAACAAAUUGGCGUAUAAAAGAAGAUUUAGCUAAAGAAGUAUGUCAUGUUAUAAAAAUGUAUGAUUCAAUAGAGAAUUGCGACAUUUUAUUGAAUUUAAGCAGCUUAACUGGUUAUUUUUUAGAGGAUAAAGUUAGUUGUGUGCGAGAAAUUGCUGCAGAUGCCAUGGCUGAAAUCAUUCGAAUUUCUGAUUCUAAAUUCAAAGAAGCAGUUGUUAAACACUUUUUGGUUGAUGAAUUUGCAAAUAGCAGUAAAUGGAGGAAUAGACAAACUUUUUUGAACGUUUUAUAUAAGUACAAUAUGAUGAAAAUGAUUCCAAUACUAAGUUCAAAAAAUAUUUCAACAAAAGUAUUGACGAAAACAUCAGAAACACCAUUAUCAAAAUCUUCUUCUACAGGAUCUGCAUCAAAUGAAUCGUCACCGAUAGAUUGUCUUAAAGAUGUGAACGAGAUAUUGCAUUUAGUAUUUCCUAGUAUUGAAAAAUUAUCAGUUGAUUUUGUACCAAACAUUAGAUUACUUGUCGCCAAAUAUUUAGUUUUAUUGAUAAACGUAAAUGCAAUUAGUGAAGAUUUAUAUGAGCGGUUUUUAAAAAUCAUCCGUCGAUUGCGUAUUGAUGAAGAUUGUGAUGUUAGGGAAACAUUUGAAUCAGUAGACCUAUUAAAAGACGAAAUAGAAGAUCAACAAAAUCUAGACCAACAAAGUCGCCAGUCAGAGGAAUUAAAUAAAACUACUGCUACGGGAACAACUGAGACAGCAGCACCAGCAACUUAUUCCGAGAUAUUAAAAUCAAAUUUGGAUAAUUUUGGUAUAACAGAAAAUCGCAAUAUUGAAAAAACCCAGGAAAAUAAAGAAGAAAAUAUUUCAAAAUUAAAUACUGAGUCAGAAUCAAUCACAGAAAAAACAGAAACUUCUAGUGAUCAACAACAAGGAAAAGCGGAAAUUCCCGAUCUUACACCGCUAUUGAAAUUUGUGGCGAAUCUUCUUGGUGAUGAAACUUCAGAAGGACAAGAACCAAAAUCACAACCCCAAUCGGUGGAAUCCAAUAAUGAGACUGAUGAAAUUGUUAAAUUGCCUGAUGCUAUUGUAUCACAAUCACAAAUAUAAAUUUAAUAAAUUUUUGUUAGAAACAAAUUACAUCUAUAAGUAUAUAAUAUAUAAAUAUUUAAUAUAUUUAUAUAUACAUAUAGAUUAUCUUUUUUUUAUACUUUUUAUUAAAGCCAUUGAAUUGUUAGGAAACAAAAUUUUAUUGUUUUUUUUAUUUUAAAUGAGAGUUGCAAAUAAACGAAAAUUAAUAAAACAAAAUAAAUUUUAAAAAUAUGUAGAUUAUUAUAAAAAUUUAAAGAAAAUUUUAAAUCAAAUAUAUGAAAAUCAAUUUUUAAUAAUAACAAUGUUUAAUUUGGAAUCCAAAUUGGUUUAAAUUAAAAAGAAUAAAAAAAAAAACAAUUAAUAGUUAGAAGAAUGAAAAGAUUGUCCUCUCUUGAAGAGU